GAAAAUAUGUACUGUUCUGUUUUUUAGACCUCAGUGGUCUCGUCUGAACUUUACUGUCAAAUAAAGUCCCACUCACUUCCUCACGUUAAAUCACUGUUGUUGGAUGAUGGCAGGGUUCACGUCGGUCCUCCUGGUGUUUUGUGCUGCCGGAUGCGGCCUGUCUCGGUCCUCGCCGGUCCUCCGUCCAGCCCAGAUGUUCCAGACGGGACAGAACGUGUCUCUGAGCUGUAGCCUGAACUCCAGCCUGGAGGUCACCUGGUUCCUGCUGCGCUGGGACCAGCUGCAGCCGCUGUUCACCGUCUCAAAGAGCAAACUGAACGGGAACGACGUGGUCAACCAUCACGCAGGAUGGAACCCACGUAUCAGCUCGGGGGGCGAGCUGGACCGAGGCCUGGUCCUUCUGGAGAUCACGGGGGUGGAGGAGGAGGACGCCGGGCUGUACUUCUGUAGCGGACGCUGCUCCGGAGGAAACAUGUGUUUCAACAGAGGAAUUCACCUGACAGUCGACGGAGUCGACGGCUCCAGAAACCAGACGUCGUGGCAGCCAUGUUGGAGCCUGGGGUUCUGCCUCCUUCCGGGUCUGCUCGCCACCGGCUUCGUCGCCGUGGUCGGAUUCUACUUGUGCUCAGGUAAACCAGCUGUUUGCUGCUGUCGCCGACGGCAACAGGACGUCACGCAGGAAGAGUCUUUACAUUAUUCCAGCCUGAAUCAUCCACACAAGCCCCGCCCCUCCAGCAGAGGAGGAGCCGGAUUCGACAACGUCACGUACUCGACAGUGGCCAAUCAGAUGGCGCCAAACGCAUCACGUGAUUUGUAGUUUUGUAGUUUUUCGUUUGACUUUGAAAUAAACUGGUUUUUAUUUUUAUUCUACUAAAGGUUUGAGGAUUUAUUGAAAUAUCUGACUUAUUAUUAUUAAACUAAUAAUAAUAAUGAUGAUGUUAAUAAUGAUGUAUUGAAUGUAUUGUUUAUAUUAUUGAAAUACAUAAUGUAAUUUCUUUUUCAGAGCUUUGAAUGUCAACAACAGAACCCCUCAUUUCAAAUAUGUGUAGUUCAGCUGAAUCAGUGUUAUUCUUAAUAAGCUACGUCUUCUUUUUAUUUUUCUCCUUCCACAUGGAAACUCUCUGUAGAUGUCUCCAUUCAGACACCAGGGGGCGCUGCGAUAAUUCAAACUAGUCACUUCAGCCAGACAUUAAAAAUGAUCAAUUCUAUGUAUAAAUAAAACAUAAAUCCCUUAUAUUCAGUUCAUAUUCUGAAUUAUACGCAGGAUAAAACGAAUUUCACUUGAAUGUUUGUGUCAUAGUUAUAUAAUAGUUAUGUUUAUAGUAAUAUCAAGAUAAUUAAUAAAGAUAAAGAUAAUUAAAAACUGACUGGUCGUCUCAGCUGUUUUCUAAAGGUAUUUUCUAGUUGUUUAAUCAAAUUGAUGCAAUUAGAAAAUGGACCUAAAUGAUUUUUCUUUACUUCCAUGAAUCUUUUCAUUUCAUUUUGAAGCUGAACUGUUUUUAGCUGCUUUCUUUUCUCCUAAUCCACAGAAACAUGUUGAUAUAUUUGUCAUACGUGUUUUCAGGAGCUCUGGAUGUAGAUGGUGGAGAAAUGUUCUUAUUAUGUUAAAUCUGUGUCUUGUAAGAGGCUGUGACGGCUGCAGACCAGCUGCUCUGCUGUGCUUUUAGCUUCAUGUACACAUGUGAAUAUAAAUAUAGAUCUGUACUGUGGGUGGAGGCAGCUGUAGCUCCUGGACUUCGACUUUGUGCCUCCAAUAAACUGAAUGUGAGAUCA